UGUAGAUUAUAUUUGUCUGGAUAACAGGCACAUCAGUUCCAGAUUUUGGAUCCACUAAAGCAAAAUAUGUACAUUUUUUAAACUGGUGACUGUGUAUGUUGUUGGUCAUAUAACAGUGGGUAGUUAGCCCUUUCCUUUUAAUUCUACAAUUGUUAUACAGCUGGAUAUAAGCAAUUAAGCUCAGGGGUCUGAAUAAUGCAGUAUACUAUAUAUUUUACAUAAUCAUAUGUCUGGAAUAUCACUCACGAUCGUUUACUGUUUGUCCUUGUCAGGGUCGCGGCAGUCCGGAGCCUAUCCCGGAGUCACCGGAAGCAAAGGUAAUAGGGGUACACCCUGGACUAGUCGCCAGUCAUUGGUGUGAUUCACUUGAACUGUAUGUCUUUGGGCUGUAGGAGUCCGAACUGCCCGAGUUCUACCCGCUGUGCCACCGUGCCGCCUUAUGAGGACGCUACUGUACUAUAUGGUACUUAAGGCGAUCAAAAUGUGCUGCAAUGUUUACAGGAUGUCUUUUGGGCGAAAUGAAACUUGACUGAUACUGAUGGCACUGGCAGGGGAGCGCAUUUCUGCGGACCAGCCCCAUCCCCCCCCGAUCAUCAUGUGUGUGUCGUCCGUCCGCCCCCCCCGCGGGAUGCGGUCCUCCUCCCAGGAUGACACCGCUAACGCCGCCCCGCGCUUCUGUUCUGUUCCUGUCGAGCCUCGGACCUCAGAUCUGUCACUUCUCUGAGGUUUCAGUAAAUAUCUGUUCAUCUGAGUCGCUCUCAUUAUUUCCUGUCGCUAUAGAAGGAAAUAAAACCGCUAACAACUGAAGAGCAGAAGUCGUGUCACUGACAGGUCUGACGUUCUUGGAUCAAACUUUGCUUACGCUUUUCAAACAGCCGCGUCCUUCGCAACGUAUGCGAACUCGUGCAAUGAAUGCGAGGAUGCGUAAUUUCGCGCACGUGAGUUUUCGAUCGCGCGAGCGGUCCGAAAAAUCCCGAGUGCGGUGCCCAGUGUAGCACGAGACGGGCGUUUCUGAGGAGCGGACGCUUAUUAUUUGACCAUCAUGCAGAAGGAGCACUUGUUCAAGGUGCUGGUGAUCGGGGACCUCGGCGUGGGGAAGACCUCCAUCAUCCAGCGCCUCGUGCAGCGCGUGUUCUCGCAGCACUACCGCGCGACGGUCGGCGUGGACUUCUGGCUCAAGGUGGUCGAGCGGGACCAGCGGACCGUCGUGCGCCUGCAGCUGUGGGACAUCGCCGGGCAGGAGAGGUGCGGCAACAUGAUGCGGGUGUACUACCGUGAUGCUGUGGGCGCCUUGCUGGUGUUUGACGUCACUCGUGCUUCCACCUUUGAGGCCGUGCUGAAGUGGAAGGGCGACCUUGACUCGAAGGUCAUGCUGAGCAACGGCAGGUCUGUCCCCACCGUGCUGCUGGCCAACAAGGCUGACCAGUCGCUACAUGGCCUGCGCUGCCAGUUGCCCAGGCUGGACGCCUUCUGCCGGGACAACGGUUUCGUGGGCUGGUUCGAGACCUCUGCCAAGGAGGACACCAACAUAGACGCAGCCAUCCAGUGUCUGGUGGACAACAUACUGGUCAAUGCUGAGAGCCCUGCUGCUGAGUCCAGGACGGACCUGGUCGUUCUGCCUAGGUUCGAUAAUGAACCCAAGGGGCGGACCGUGCCCACCUGCAACGCCUGCUCGCGACUCCAGCCCACCUGGCCGGUGAGGCGCCGGUGACUGCGGACUUAACGGCCAGGGAUGAAGGACGGAGGACAGCACGGUCCCUGCGGGGACGAUCUACAACCACAGUAUCAACUGCCUUUGACUUGCUGUCAAACUCUAAAAGCCCAGCUGUCAACCAUAAGUAGGAGGAGCCAGCAACUUGACCAUGGCCACAAGCAUGUGACAGCGCUCACUUGGACCGCCCUGGCGGAUGUGUCCGUAAGCGCAGGCGCUGAGAGAUGCAAUCAGACUGCAGCUUUCAUGCUAUUCUUGUCCACGGCACAGGGACAGGAUGCUCUUUGUCUGAGUCUAUCAUCUGAAAUGUCCAGUCUAGACAAAUCAGACCUAAAUAUGUAGUCUGUUCGCGGUGCAGAUGCAGUGCUUUGGAUCUUUGUUGAAUAUGUUUAAAAAGGCGGUGGUGGUCAGAAACAAGACAGACUGCAGCAUCGCGGCACGGGGAAUAAGUGAUUUCCCCUAAUAUUUCUUAUCAUUUCGAUCUUUUAAGAUGCACAUACAGCGCUGCUCGAAAGAAUGUGAGCCCUUUGGGUCCCUUAGUUUCACCACAAGAUGGUUAUUUAAUGAGAAGCAGCGUUUCUCAUGUGACAUAGUAGGUGUGUAAUGAGCAAUUCGAUACGGCGCUUUAGAGGAAAUCGUGUGUGUAGUAGAAACACGGAUAUAG